AUGACUUCUUAUGAAAGACAAGGAAAAACGUCCUCGGCCAAGCACAGGUCUGGCCAUAAGUCGGAGGUGUCUGAGAGAGACCGUCAGUACCUAGAUCGAAUUAGGACAUUACGAGGUUUCGACCGAUCACCUAAACGCCCAACAGCCACUGAAGAAACCACGUACCUGUGGCUGCAUCUGAGUCUCCUGAGAGAGUAUAUCAACCAUGACUUUGAAGACAUCAGUCACAAGUUGUCAUUCAAAUAUGAUUUGGAAAGAAUUAUCGAUGACUGGGUUUUCAUGCUGUUCGUGUUGGGAAAUGACUUUAUCCCUCGCUUGCCCAUCAUGCACAUUGACAACGACGUAUUACCAGAGCUCUUUGACGCUUACAAGAGCGUCAUGCCAGAGCUGGACGGAUACCUCAAUGAAGCAGGCAUCCUUAACCUGCCGAGGUUUCAGAAGUUCAUGGCUAAGCUGGCCAAGUUUGAUUACGAGAAGUUCCUCGAAAGGCAUGAUGCAAGCACACUUAUCCAGACCGCAAACGAGCUUCAAAAUGUCAACAAUGAUGCGGAAAACAAUUUCAAUGAGGAUGGUGAAGAGGAAAACAAUGUCAAUGAUGAUAAGAGAGAGAUUGUAAAUUUCAAUGAAAAUGAAGUGGAGAACAAAUUCAGUGAUGAAAAGGAAGAUAGUUCCUAUGAUGGAGGUGAGCUUGAUGGAAGUGUCUCUUGGGCAGCUCUUGAUGACGAUGAGAUCGUCAAACCGACCGAAGAGACUCUCCGGGAUCUUGAUAUUCGCGACCCUGAUCUAUUAUCUGGUGUCAAAGAAGUCGAAAAAAGCCACGACCUUACAGGAGACCGAGAAUUUCUUGAGCACAAGCGCAAAUAUUACGUCAGUGAAAUGGGCUACAAAGAGGAUGUAACAUUAGAUGUCAUAAGUCGGGAGCAGACCGUCAACCACGUACGAGGACUGCAAUGGAUCUUACAUUACUACUACAACGGUAUUCAGUCAUGGUCUUGGUAUUACCCCUUCCAUUGCGCACCUUUCAUUUCCGACAUCAAAGAUUUCUCUGACUGCCCCAUGGAGUUCGAACUAAGCCACGCCAUGAUGCCGUUUGAACAGCUGAUGGCCGUCCUGCCACCCCAGAGCGCCCAGCUGCUACCUCAGUGCUACGCUGACCUCAUGCUCAGCCCUGACUCGCCUAUCAUCGACUUCUAUCCGCGUGAUUAUGACUGGGAUGCUGUGACACGCAUGCCGUUCAUUAGCGAGGAAUGUCUGCUGCAGGCCAUGUCUAAAGUGAGCCAUCAUCUCACUGAAGACGAGCGACGACGCUCUGUUCAUGGUCCCACGCAUGUCUACAGCUUCACGCCGGACGACCUCGGUGCUUAUGAGAUUCCCGAGCAUUUCCCACCGGUUCGCAUGAACCAUGCCAAGUGCGACUUGAUUCACGGAGAGGCGUGGAGCAUCCCUAGGGAGGACAUCCUGAGGGGCUUGUGUCCUGGAGCGCAGACUGAGCUUUACUUCCCAGGCUUCCCUACACUCAAGAAUCUAGAGCAUACACAACGUGUUGGGCUUGUGUCCGCACGAGCGUUUCAGGAGUCCGUCAUUAUUGAACUGAGAGACCCCUUCUUCUGCCGCUACCGUUCGUAUGAGUGGUUCGACAAGAUUACUCAGGAUAAGUUUGAGGCGCUGCGAAUUAUGAAGAAUUUAAAUGCGUUCCACUUGGAAAUUCUAGAUUUUCCGCUCGUCAGCUUUAUUGGUUUCCGCU